CACGGAUGCCUGGCUCUAAGCGGUCGCUUCGACGAAUCUCUUUCAAGGUAUUGGGUGAACAAUUCCGAAGGAUGCGAAGAACCGGGUUCCGAUCCAGUGGUAGAUCAAGUCCUUUGUGUCUUGUGUCCUGAGUGCACGAGAGUGUGUGUGUCAGAACUUGUUUGCGGUGCAUUAUCCUGCUUGCGAGUGGCUGGAAAGAGAGAUGAGAGACUGCUAUGUUUGGUGUUGUGUCAUUGUGCUCUCCCACAUACCUAUCACGUAUGAUGCGAACUGUAUAGCUAUGACUCGAGAUGAGGUCGAAGGUAUAAAAGGGCCCUUGUACUGGCCUUGAAUCCCUCAGCUCUUGAGUGUUCUCUACUCGGGUGUUCUUUCCUUCGUUUACUACUCGUCCUAAGCAAACGCUCUCUCUCUAAUUUCGUUGCCCUCAUCAAAAUGGUCUUCAAGCUUUCCAUUGCGUUCGUCGCACUCGCUUCACUGGCUAGUGCAGCUACCCUUCAUAGGACUCCCUGCCCGAACAGCAAGAACACUGCAAUCAACCCGCAGUGCUGUGUGUUCUAUGAUCUCGCAGAUGAGUUACAGAACAACAAGUUCGACAAUGAGUGUGGAGAGGAUGCUCACGAAGCCCUUCGCCUUACCUUCCACGACGCUAUCGGGUUCUCUGCGUCUGGAAAACUGAAGGGAACCGGCGCAGAUGGUUCCAUUAUGCUCUUCAACGGAACUGAACUGCAAGACCAUGCUAAUGACGGUGUUGAGGAUGCCAUCAACAACCUCGCACCACUCCUUCACGACUUCAAGGUCUCCGCAGGAGACCUCAUCCAAUUCGCGGGAGCAGUUGCUGUCUCGAACUGCCCAGGCGCCCCUCGCCUUGAGUUCCUUGCAGGUCGUCCCAACGCAACCUCCCCUGCUCAGCAGGGUACCGUUCCCUUACCGCAAGACCCAGUUGACAAGAUUCUCGCACGUAUGCAAGAUGCAGGUCUCACCCCAGAAGAUACCGUCAACCUCCUCUCUUCGCACACCGUCGCACGUUCAGAUACUCUUGUUCCGGGCCACGACGCGGUUCCCUUUGACACUACGCCCUUUACAUUCGACACUCAAGUCUUCCUUGAAGUGCUGCUCAAGGGUGUGGGUGUACCGUUCGGCGUGAACAACACCGACGGUGCAGAAGUCAACUCGCCGCUCCCUGCCGAGGGCGAAAUGCGCUUACAAUCCGACUUUGCCAUUGCUCGCGACCCGGUCACUGCGUGCUUCUGGCAAGAUAUGAUCAAUAACCAGCAGAAGAUGAUGAAUGCGUUCCAAACCUCCAUGUCGAAGAUGGCCAUUCUCGGACACGACAGGCGCGGGCUCUACGACUGCUCCGAAGCUGUUCCCGUUCCUAAGCCUCCUGUCAAGAAGCCAGCGACGUUCCCUGCUACCAAGAAUAUCAAGGACGUCGAACAAGUCUGCCGCAAGCCGUUCCCUACGCUCUCAACUGACCGUGGUGCGGAAACCACAAUUCCGGCUUGCGUCAAUGGCGACACCAACAUCGACGACUGCCCAUCCUAA